UUCUCAUUAGUGUGAGAUUUGGAAGGCGUUUGUGUGUGUUAGCGCUGUGAGCGGUAAUGGGGGCAGCUCACUCACUGCCUUGGUUUGGAGCUUGUUCACAAGGCCAGGCUGCUGCUCUGAGCCUCGCUGGGGUGCCCUGGCUGUGCUGACCCGGGACAGGGAAUGUGCUCUGGCGAACGCGUCCAGCAUCCCGCAGCGCCGCUGCUGCGGGGUCAGGCGGCAGUGUGAAGGAGGCAGUCUGUGUGUGCCCACGCUGAAGGAAGAGAUCAGCUAUUUUUAGCAGCAGAACGCGGUGAGAGGUCCGGGAGAGCGACUUAGGAAUGUCUCAGCCGUCGGGCCGGACGCUGAAGUCAGACAGCAGUGGGUUGCAGAUUUGUGACAAGUUUGAGCUCCUCGCCUUCCUUUGUCUCCUUGCAUGGCCUUGUGUAAGCACGGAGGAUGGAAGAGUGCCCUUGAGCCAUGACAGUGCUUUUGUUUGUCUCCCACUACCCAGGAAGAGAGAGACUUUACUUUAACCCACGUUUGAGGAGACGCCGAGGCAGGAGGAGCAGGUCUCCUUGAGCGGCUCCGUGUGAGUUUUUCCAGAGGCAGUCUGGUGAACACGUGGAUUGCAGUGAUUUUAGGUUGGCUCAGCCCAGCAUUGGGCAGGGCUCGGUACUUGCUGGCAGCACUCCCAGGAGCACAGCAAAAGCUGUGCUUCCUUCCUCAGCCUGUGUCUGCUGGAAUCCUGUACCUGGGACUGUGCCUUCCUUCCCCCACGCUCCUGGGCUCUGUCUGCAGGGAGCAAUCCUUGGAGAGAUUGCUAGAUUUGGAAGUUAAGUUCUGGACAUCUAGCUGGGAAGAUGGGCAGGUGUGAAUUAUAAACAGCAGGCAGAAUUGAAAUUGCUUCAGGGGAGAACAAGGACGUGAUUUUUUGUUAGUGUACUGAAACAGCUCGUCCUUUUCUCUGUGCCUUGACUGAUGCAGUGCCAGGCAGGGACCGUUUGAAAAUUGCACCUUGCUCAAGUGCAAAAGCAAGGUAGCAAGGCUUUAUUGGAGCAGCUUUGGUAAUUUAAGUGAUAAGCCUCCUGGGCUGGGCCUGCUAGGGGAGAAAGUCCAAGGCUCCAGAGCAGAAGAGUCAUUUCCGUGUGCCUGAUGAAGUGUGCACUCAUGUCUCACGUGGUGUGGAAGGGCUUAUGAGACUCCCUUUGCUGCUUGGCUAAAAUGGAGAAACAGAGAAUGAUGUGUCACAUUACCCAAAGAAGUUCCACUUUCUCGUUUCCAAAAAUAUGUAGCAUAUUUUGGCGGUUUCAUCACACAAGUGCAUCCCACUGGUGCAGCUGCAGUAAGACAAUUAGUGAUGAAAAAUACCAAGACCCUUUUCAACUUGGUAGAAAAGACUUGAAGAAUCUCUAUGAAGAUAUUAAAAAGGAAUUGCUGGUCUCUGCAGCAGAACUUAAGGAAAUGUGUGAUUAUUACUUUGAUGGGAAAGGAAAGGCCUUUCGACCAAUGAUUGUGGUGCUAAUGGCUCGGGCUUGCAACAUUCACCAUAAUAAUUCCAAGGAGGUGCAAGCAAGCCAGCGCUCUGUGGCCAUAAUUGCUGAGAUGAUCCAUACAGCCAGUCUAGUUCAUGAUGAUGUCAUUGAUGAUGCAAAUUCUCGCAGAGGAAAAAGGACACUUAAUCAAAUCUGGGGAGAAAGGAAAGCUGUUCUAGCUGGUGACUUCAUCCUCUCAGCUGCUUCUGUAGCUUUAGCACGAAUUGGAAAUACCACUAUCAUCUCAGUUCUAACUCAGGUGAUUGAAGAUCUGGUGCGUGGUGAAUUCCUCCAGCUGGGUUCCAAGGAGAACGAGAAUGAGAGAUUUGCUCACUACCUCGAGAAGACUUUUAAGAAGACGGCGAGUCUGAUAGCAAACAGUUGUAAAGCAGUUUCAAUUCUAGGCUGCCCUGAUCCCAAAGUUCAUGAGAUUGCAUACCAGUAUGGAAAAAACGUUGGCAUAGCUUUUCAGCUGAUAGAUGAUGUGCUGGAUUUUACAUCGUGUGCUGACCAUCUGGGGAAACCAACAGCAGCAGAUCUCAAGCUUGGAUUGGCCACAGGCCCCGUCUUGUUUGCCUGUAGACAGUUUCCAGAAAUGAAUGCUAUGAUAAUGAGGAGAUUCAGUAAGCCAGGAGAUGUUGAACGUGCAUGGAAAUAUGUGUUGCAGAGUGAUGGCGUGCAGCAGACCACCUACCUCGCCCAGCGCUACUGCCACGCGGCCACGCGCGAGAUCCGCAAGCUGCGGCCGUCCCCCGAGAGAGAGGCCCUGGUGCACCUGACAGAGAUGGUGCUCACACGAGACAAGUGAGGGACCUCCUUCCACUCCUUCUGGCAGCUACUUUACCAGACUGUGCCUACAUUUAUUUCAAAAGUUAUUUGCUUCCAACACAAGCUACCAAAAAUUAUUUUUUUAAAAAAAACCUCUUUUUUUUUUUUGGAAGUUCUACUUUCUUUUUUUUUAAAACAAAAGUUUAAAGUGUUUUACUGCAGGAAGCCAUGCAAGUCAGAGCAAAUCAAACUGUGCUGUACAAUUGUUUUAGUGGGGGCUAUUGAUUGUGGGGGAUGGGGAAGAUGUUUACAUGUUGAUGCACAAAGGCCACAAUGAGAAUAAAUAUAAAUCAGUGUAUGAAAAUGGAAGCUGUUCCAAAUUUCACUUGUUUACACUAAUAAAGAGAGCGUGCAUGUACAGGAGCUGGUAAACUCCUCUGAAGGGAGAGGGUUUGGAUGUUUCCCUGGCUACUUAACAGAAGCACAGUAAUUGUAACAGUAAGAGAUAGAUACUGGUUUACUGUAAAAGACUACAUGUGGAUUUUAAUUAGUUAUUCAUCCAUGAGUUCAAUUCAUGCUAUUGAUGGCUACCUGCUAGUAAUUAACAUGAUGCAGAAUUUGAGACUGGUAUCAAAUGAAUGUUUUUGUUCAGAAAAUGAAAGGCUCAGUAUUUCUAACUCUAAAAAUGAAUCAUUCACCAGCCAGUCAAACCUGCAACUCCAUCACUUUCAUCACUCAUUUAUAGAAUAUAUUCUGUAGCACCCUAGAAGCUGCCUUUGAAGUCCCAGACACAUUCCUCUCACAGUAAUUACCCAGUACUACCACAUUCCUUCUCAGGUUAUUUCAGCCACAGAAUCUGUAGCACAGGGAAGCACACCCUCCCUGGCUCUCUCUGCCUGUGAUCCCUAAACAAAGGCCAAGUUCCUGUCACUGUGUCCCCCUGGGUGCUAUCUAGAGGACAGCUUGCUCCUGCUCCCUCUGCUCCAUGGGGCAUCUCCCAGAGCCACACACAACUAUCAGCUACAGAUGGUGUCCAGCUUACUGCAUCCAGGUAAUUAGAUUCAAUCAAGAACCCUCACAGAAACUAAGUGUUGGCAGAAAAGAACUUUUAAGAGUAUGUAUAAGUGUGUAAUUCAGGUUUCAGAUCUAAUUUAUUUUCCCUCUGUCAGUGAUAAAGUCAUGUUACAAACAUUAGCUUUUUAGUACAUUGCCUGGGAUAACACAGCCAUGAUUUUGCUACGUUAGCAUUCCAAACUUCUUUGCCAAGCCAACCAACAAAGUAAUGGACAAGACCUUUGGUUCACUUAUAUAUUUAUGAAUGGAAAAAGUCAUAAUGUAAAUUUACUCAUUAAAAAAACUUGGGUACAAAUUACACAUACAGAAGACCACCCAUUUUUUGAAUCACAUGGACACCUUAGACCCAAACAACUCAUUGUAAUAGACUUUAGUGAGAAUACUCCAGGUAAAGAUUACAACAAUUGGAAGCAUCUU